AACCUUAUUUCUACUUAUGGUGAUGUAACUAACCAAGAAAUUCCAAAUAAUCAACUAAUUCAAGAUUUCAAUAAACGACCAUUAAGAAAUUUUCAAAUUACCAACCUCGAAUUACAAAAUUUGCCUAUUUAUACAUCUCCUGAUAAUAUUCAAGAAAAGGCACCUAUAUUUAACAACUGUCAAUUUCAAAAUAUUAAUUUUUACUUUCAAUAG